GUGCUUCCGGCAAUUCUAUUUUUGCUUCAUUUAAUUGAUAUUAAUUUUUAGGCAAGGGCCAAUCAAGCUAAGUGAAUUUCCCGAUGCUGUUGAAAAGAUGCACAAAGAUGAGGAUCUGCUUUUCGCAGAUGCCUAUAAGGUGCUGAAAGAAAAAAGUCCGAGUCACCCAAAGACGGCAGCUGAGCAGCAGUGUUGCAGACCUAAAAACAGAUAUACAAAUAUUCUUCCUUUUGAUCACUCUAGAGUAAAACUACGACCAUCUGAUGACAUAGAAGGAUCUGACUACAUCAACGCAAACUACAUUCCUGGAUAUAAUUCUCGAAGAGAAUAUAUUGCAACCCAAGGUGCAAUGCGAGCAACUUUGGAUGAUUUUUGGCGAAUGAUUUGGGAACAAAACGUAGAUACAAUUGUAAUGUUGACAAAGCUUACGGAAAACAGACGGCACAAGUGUGAUAAGUACUGGCCGAACCUUGGGGAACCAGUGUUCUACGGUGAUUUGGUUGUAUCCCUUCAAUCAGAAUCUGCUCUGUCAGACUAUAUAAUCAAGAUAUUUGAAGUAAAACUGAAAAAGGAGCGGAAAAUGGUCAGACACUUUAGUUACCUAAAAUGGCCGGAUAUGGGUUGUCCCGAAACUCCAGAAUUAUUGCUCGCAUUUGUGAAAGCUGUCCGGGAGUAUACAAAUCGAGAAAAGAAAACAACAUCAGGACCGACGGUAGUGCACUGCAGUGCCGGUGUAGGACGUACAGGGACAUUUAUAGCUGUUGAUUACUUGUUACAACAUAUCAGAGAUCACGACGAGGUUGACAUAUUCAAUCUUGUCCUAGAAAUGAGGAACCAUAGACUCAAUAUGGUACAAACAGAGGAUCAGUAUAUUUACAUCCAUGAGUGCCUGAAAGCGUUCAUUACAACUGAUAAAGAGGAAGAAGACGGAAAUGAAGAUGAACACAUAUAUGUGAAUACAGCAUUCCGAGCGCAAGAAGAAAAUAUCUAUGAAAAUUAAGGAAAUCAGAAGGAUUGAGGAGGAACAUAUAAAGGACAUGUUAUUCAACUAGAUACGCUGUAUACAUGUAUGCUAUGUUAUUAUAUUUGAAACAUGUAAUUGACAGACACAAAAUUCUAUAUUGCCUUAUUUGACAUUUUUAUCAUUGUGUGCCGUGUGCUUGAAAGCUUAUAGGGACCUUAUAGAGUAACCUUUUCGCAGUUCACAAGUAUUCUUCUAUAGAUCCUUCUUGAUAAGUUUCAUAAAAUUUACAUGUCAUUAUGUGAUGACCAUUUUCUCAUCAAUCAAUGUCGUAUACAUAACAUCGUUCUAUCUUAACAUGCAUCUAAACUGUUUGUUUUGUUUUGUUUUUUCACUUAUAUUUAUAUCUUGAUUUUACAAUGUAUUACUAUCUAUUCACGUAGAAAUACCGACUAUAUUUUUAUGGUAUAAAUAAAUUAUACUAUCAGGAAGUAAAAUUCACAGAUUGCAUAUUUUCCAUUUUCUUUUAAAUGUUACAUAUCAAACCAAUCAGGUAAUCGGAAACAAAAUUAAUAUUAGUAAUAGCUAGAUUAAUUUGUUGCGUUUUCUUUUUCAUUUUCUAACGUAGCAUUCAUACAAACGUUCCUUGACUUGCAUUUGUUAUGUGUUCUUUAUUUUAUGCUAACUGAUGAAAUACUGUGUUUUAUCAGUGAGAUAUAAUCCAUAUCACUCACUGCAUAUCACUCACUUUAAAUGAUAUAGCUUUGCCGAUCUACUAGCACAUUGUGUAUAAAUUUUUAAUUAUUUGCUUAAAACAGGAUGAAAAAUUGUAGUUGCACUCUUUGUUCUUUAUAGUUUAAUUCUCGAUUCAAAUUAUUUUACUUAAUGAGAUUUUCAUAACGUUAUGCAGCAAGCAAUAAAAUAAAAUGGAACAUUAUGUCGUGUGCGUCUUUCUAACGCCACAACACGUCUGGUAUCAUGUUCGUUUACGCGCGUCUGUUUCCCGCGCUGAGAUUAACAUUUGUCGCAAAAUCUCAACGUAAUUAAGCAUAAAGUAAAAAGAAAAUUUGUUUGUUUUGAGUGAAUAUGGAAUACAUCUCACUUCAAAGUGAGAAAAUGUUCACAUUUUCACUCGCGAUACGCCAUAUAUUCCAUAUUCACUAAAAACAAACAAAUAUCCUCUAUGUAUCCACUAUAGCAUCAUAGAAAUCAUUCUUGUUGAAAUCGAAAUAAAGUUUGAACCAUUUUGUUGUCUGCUGUAAAUAUAUAUACUAAUCGCAAAUUUCUUGCCGCUAUAACUUCUCAGAAAAAAGAGAGAUAAAAUUAGUAUAAAAUCAUUGUUACAGUGACGUACAAUUUAAAUAUUUUAUAACUAUUCUUUGAUAUAUUCAUUU